AUCGCUAACGCAACUAUCACGCAGCUCAGAAUGAAUUACUUUUUGUUGCUCACAACCGUUCUCUGCAUUGCCAUCGCGUUGGCCCUGCCUACUCCCCAGGAGGUCAUUGCCAAUGUGGUCAUCACCUACCAAAAUGGAACAAGACGAGAGUUUAACUACACCUCCCAGGCGAACGGCACCCGCCAGCUGCCGGACAUUUUCGGCAUCUUGUCCAACUUUACGCAGCCGUUCAACUUUACACCUCCAAAGCCACCAACCAUUCCCCGGAUCUUUCCGUUUCCGCAGAUUCCGGGCCUCAACUUUACCCUUCCACAGUUUGGCCAAGGCUUGAGCAAUCCGUUCAACAUUUUCUCCGGAUAGUGUAUUGUGGAUCAUCUGCGGCAGUCAAGUGAACUUGAUCGUGAAAGUGUCAACCUACUUCCCGAAGUAAAUGAGCCAAUAAAUAUAAAUGUUAUGUAAUCACUAA